AUGACCUCUAAGGACGACUCGGAAUGCCCAUCGGUGUUGGAGGACAGGAGGCGCAGUCCGCUGGACCAGCUCCCGCCACCGGCCAACUCCAGCAAGCCACUGACGCCUUUCAGCAUCGAGGACAUCCUCAACAAGCCGUCUGUGAGAAGGAGCCACUCUCUGAGCAGACCGCCGCACCUCAUCUCCCCCGGAGAAAAGCUGCCAUUCGCGGGUCACAGCCUGUCCGGCCGGGCGCUGCUCAGUCAGACGUCCCCGCUGUGCGCGCUGGAGGAGCUGGCCAGCAAAACCUUCAAGGGCCUGGAGGUCAGCGUCCUGCAGGCUGCCGAGGGCCGAGACGGUCUGACGCUCUUCGGUCAGAGGAACACCCCGAAAAAGCGGCGGAAGUCCCGCACGGCGUUUACCAACCACCAGAUCUACGAGCUGGAGAAGCGCUUCUUGUACCAGAAGUACCUGAGCCCAGCGGACCGGGACCAGAUCGCUCAGCAUCUUGGUCUGACAAACGCUCAGGUCAUCACCUGGUUUCAGAACCGACGGGCUAAGCUUAAGCGGGAUCUGGAAGAAAUGAAAGCUGACGUGGAGUCCGCCAAAGCCGUGGGUGCUGUGGCCUCUGAGAAGCUCUCCAAGCUGGCCGAGCUAGAGAAGUGCGCGGCGGGAGGUCUGGGCGGUGGGAUGGCUUCUGCACCGGGCGACACCGAGCAGCACGACACCGGCAGCUUCGGCCCGAGCAGGCCACACAUGUCGCCUCCAUCACCCGCACCGUCGAUGUACACAGACCGACUGAGCAGCAAGUGUUUCUCGGAAGAUGAAGAUGAGGAGAUUGACGUGGAUGACUAA